AUACAGAAUUCCAUCUGCACAUACCCACUAAAAAGUAACAGGUCCAGUUUUUUUUUAACCAUCUCUAGUUUAUGAUAACAUAUCAAGUCGUUACUUCUGCUGCAUACAUGAACUACAGCUCUUUGAUAAAUAGUAAUUUUGGCAGUUUCUGGUGGACGUUAAAGUUUACAUUCUUAAUUUUUGAGGUUCUUGAAAUAGUUGUUGGGUGGCAAUGGAUAAAAUUGAUGAAAGCAAAUCCUGUAUUUUGAUUAAAGAAGAAGAAAUGGAUGAAACCAAAUCUCCUCGUAUGAGAAAUGCUGAUAUUACAAUUAAAGAAGAAAUAACUGAUGAAAUUGAGCCCUCUUAUAUGAGUAACUCCGAUAUCUCAGUUAAAGAAGAAAUCGCUGAUGAGAUUGAACCCUUUUGUCCCGUGAUUGAUAUCAAAGAAGAGGGACUACCAGAGAUCUGUUAUGAUGGACCUAUUCAUGAGGAACAAGAAGAAGAGUUUAUUGUCUCAGAUGAAGGAGCCAAAGAUUUUCUGCACCAGGAAAAGGAGAACAAACAGGAUGAUUUGGAAUCAACGAUUAACAUCAACAUGAAAGAAUGCGUAAUCCCUAAUAUAGCCGAGAACUCUCAUAAAUGUCCUUAUUGCGAAUAUAGAGUUGUCAAAGAAAGUCUUAUAAAAAGACAUAUAAUGACCCAUCAUAUUGGUAAGAAGUUUUAUAAAUGUCCUCAUUGUGAUUACGAAACUGUGGAACCCUCUAAUUUGAAACAUCAUAUAAUGGCCCGCCACACAGGCGAUAAACCUCAUCAGUGUCCUCAUUGUAACUACAAAGCCAUAAAAAAUAGUCAUUUGAAGAGACAUAUAAUGGCCUGUCAUUCGAUUGAGAAGCCUCAUAAUUGUCCUCAAUGUGACUAUGGAACAGUAGAAGCAAGAUCUUUAAAAAAACAUAUAAUGAGCCAUCACACAGGUGAUAAACCUCAUCACUGUCCUCAUUGUGAUUUCAAAACAGUAGAUGCAAGUACUUUAAAAAAACAUAUAAUGUAUCGUCAUACAGGUGAAAAGCCUCAUGAGUGCCCUCAUUGUGACUUUAAAGCAGUCAAGUCAUCUAUUGUUAGGCGCCAUGUAAUGGCCCGUCAUACAGAUGAAAGACCUCAUAAAUGUCUCCUUUGUGAUUAUAAAACAGUCGGAGCAAGUAUUUUAAAACAACACAUAUUAGCUGUUCAUACAGAUGAGAAGCCUCAUAAGUGUCCUGAUUGUAAAUAUGAAACUGCAAUACCUAGUCGUUUGAAAUAUCAUAUAAUGGCCCGCCACACAAGUAAUAAACCUCAUCAAUGUCCUCAUUGUGACUAUAAAGCAACUCAAAUCGGUACUUUAAAAAGACAUAUAUCAUACCUGCAUACAGGUGAGAAGCCUCAUAAGUGCCCUCAUUGUGAAUAUGCAACAGCUAGAGCUUGUAAUCUGAAAGAUCAUAUAAUGUACCGUCAUACAGGCGAAAAGCCUCAUAAGUGUCCUCAUUGCGACUUCAAAGCUGUAACAGUAUCCAUCGUAAAAUGCCAUAUAAAGGCCCGUCAUACAAUUGAGAAGCCUCAUAAGUGUCCUCAAUGUGAAUAUGAAACAGCUGCAUCUAAAACUCUAAAAAAUCACAUAAGGGCCCGUCACACAGGUGAUAAACCUUAUCAAUGCCCUUAUUGUGACUUUAAAAGUGUAACAGUAAGUAACUUAAAAGUGCAUAUAAUGUCCCGUCAUACAGGUGAAAGGCCUCAUAAGUGUCCCCACUGUGACUAUAAAACUGUCCAAAUACAUGUUUUAAAAAAACAUAAAUGCACUGGCCUACAAGUAAAUAACCUCGUAUCAUGAAUGUUUCCAUUGUGACUAUUAUAUUAUUAUUAUUAUUAUAUUAAUAACAGUACAUAAAAGUUCUUUGAAAUGACAUAUGUUAGAUAUCUUUUCAUGUUUUUUUGUCAUACAUUUAUGAGUGUGUCCACUAGUUGGGAAAGUCAAACAUUUUUUAUGGUAUUGAAAAACCAGGAAUUAGUUGAUGAGUCACAGAAAAUUAUAGAAAAGUUAUCUUGAGUUCUCAACUUUAAUAUAGACUUCCUUCAAUAUAAACUGUGGAAUGGCUGAAUUUUUACUGUCAAAGGAAUGAGUCUGGUAAGAUUGUUUAGCCAGACAGAAAGAGAAAUAUACAACAGCGUAGUGCUUUCAAUGAACUAAUAUAAUUAUUUUAGUCAUGGCAGGCAAAUAUAUAUAUAUUUAGGUACUUCUUGUCUAGGGGGCCGUUUUGAAACCUCACUUCUUAUCUAUCUUAUCUAAUGUCACGUCAUAUAACCUCCCUCUUCUUAUCCCGCCAAACUUUUGAGUUAUUGCAUUGUUUAGUUUUCAGUUAUUCCCUUACUACGUUCACUUAUUAAAUUCUUUACUUUUGGCCCGUUUGAGUUUAUUUUACAUUUUUUUUUUAGUUUAUGGCCCCUUGGAGUUUAUUUUUCAUUUUUUCCGUUUAUUUUCUUCAUAUUAUGGAUCUUCUUAGAACCUAGCAAAGUGGUUGAAGUAGACAAAAGUCAUUUUUCGAAAUGAAAAAAUCAUGUGAGGAGAGUUUUACCUCAGCAGUGGAUGUUUGGUGAAUGUUUUAUUGUCAAAAUAAUUGACAGAAAGGCAACAACCUUAUUACAAGCAAUUAAAGAAAAUAUAGAAGAGGGAACGACCAUUUAUUCGGACUGUUGGAAAGGAUACAACACUCGACAACUGAACGAAGCAAACUAUGACCAUUUCCAAGUGAAUCACUUUCACUCAAGUGAAUUUUGUCGAUCCAUCAACUGGGGUUUAUACUCAACAUAUAGAACGAUUAUGGGGCUCAGCGAAGUGAAGAAAUAAAGUAAAUAGAGGAACUGCCAGACAACACCUCGAUUCAUAUUUGUUGGCGAGCUCACAGAGAAGAGGACCCGUUCCUCGCUAUUUUAAAUAGCAUAAAACAAUUUUGCCUUCCAAAAUAAAUAAGAGAAAAGGAAGUGAAUAAUUAAGUGAAAAUAUUUUGUACAUAUAUUGUUUAUAGUGUUGAUAUUUUUUCUUUUUUAUGUAAAUAUGUUCUUUUAAAUGUGUUUUUUUAUUAUUUCAUUUUGAUGUUUUAUAUGUACAUAUCUUCUUAAAGUGUUUUUUUUAUUAUUUCAUUAAUAUAUGUGUCGUCAAAUAAAAGUAUUUUUUUUUGUUAUUGUAUUUGUUUUUGUAUCUGUUAACACUUUCAAUAAUACGAAUUUAAUGCAAUAAUACGAAGAUAUUAAGUAGGAGAAGGGUUAUCACUGCAUUAUGGGAGUUAUCAGUGUUCAGGUUAUAAACAUUGGCAGAUAGCAGUCAGGAGCGGCCCCCUAGACAAGAAGUACCUAUAUUUAUAUUAAGGUCUUAGUUGUCAUGAAUUUAAUUAAUAAUGCAUUUAUUUUGGUUAAUUAUUUUCAAGAAUAAAUUUUUCCAAACAAUUAAAGAAAAGAAAAUAUCUCCUCAGUUUUCUCCGAGACUAAAAGAGCAUUUUGUUUUAGAAUGACAAAUGAUUAGAAGUUUCAUACUGCUAAUAUAGAAAUUGUACUUUCAUCUUGUAGGAGUUUCCUGGGUUGAAAAGAAGUGUCAAACAAAAUCAAAAUGGCCUUCUAGAAAUCGACAUUUCUCUCUUUCCUUCCGUACUCUUCAGAGUUGUGGACCCUAAUCUCAAAACACAAGCGCUGAUUUAAUCCAUAGUAAUGCAUUACCUUCGCAAGGUAGAAGGAAAGGCCUGAUGAUAUAAGAUCUGGAACACCAUUGGAUAAGAUAAUACCACUUUAUGGGCCAGCCUCAAAGUUAAAAUUGUUAGGACCAUCCUAGAGGAGCACAAAAUAAAACAGAUAUAGACUUAAAGAGCAAAAUUUUAUUGUCGUAAAUUUUGAAAUUGCAACUUUUUUGUAUUGCUGAACACAUGGAUCUGAUGUUUGCUAACAGAAAUUUUGCCUGGGAUCCUUAAUUUUUUUUUCUUUUGGUUUGGGUGGCAAACUGUUGGCGCCAGAACAUCACUAUAUAAUAAAUUUAAUAUAAACAAUUUUUUUUUUUUACAUUUGGUAUCAUUAAAGUUUUUCUCUACUAUCAACUGUUAAUAAAAUCAGUUUACAGCUCUUUUUAUGUCCGAUUUCUGUACAAAAUAUAAAUAUUACGUGUCUGUUCUACAUCUCAUUAUGCUUCAUGGAAAGUAUAUUCCUAUUUGUAAAACUGUGUUUUUAUUAUACAACAGUUAACUUUGAAUUAAACAUGCCAAAAUGCACUGAAAAUAUGUGAAAAUCAGUUGGCAAACUCACAAAUACAUGUCCCCUGUUAUAUUUAGAAUGUUUUAAUUUAUCUAAUAAUGAUUAAUUCUAAAUAACGUAUAGAAAGUCAAUGGGAUUAAAAUAGGUUUAAUAGAGAAAAGGGGAAAGGCAGUUGUUCGGAUUACUGUCAAUAUAUAACUAACUGUUAUAUUUAAUCCCUACGUUCAAAUAAAAUAAAGUUGAGUACUGUGAAAUCGAAAUAAACUAAUUUUUAUUUCAACACAUACUUUACAAAGAGAUUUUUUAUAAUUUGAGACUUUUAGGGCUUUUUACAAUAAUAACAAUAAUUAUUUACAAAUGAAUAUUUUUAACAAUGUGAAAUUAUUUAAAUAUUUAUAAAAUAAAAAUCACUUUUGACUGACUUCCUAACAUUUUCCCACCUGAGGAGUUUUGAUUUGUUUAACUGUUUCAAAAAUAGUAAAACGAAAUCGAAAGAACUCUUUUCAGUGUUCCUCUGUUAGAGUUCCUUUUUUUUCUCUUUCUCUUUUUUGAUUGCUUCUUAUUCUUUGAAGUAUUUUUUUUUACCAAUUCUAUUGAUUUGGUCGGUAGUAAGGCACUAUGCAUUAGUUCUGGAGCAACAGCCAUGUCAGCAGCUGAUGAAUUUUGAAUAUCAUUUAUAUUUUGAAUUCUAAGGACAUCAAAUAUAUCUUUCUUCUCUUUUAAUAUUUCUGGUGGCAAUUUAUUAGGAUGAGUAUCUUUCAAAUCAUCGUUAGCUCCUACCUUCAUUAAGCUGAGAUUUCUUUCAUAUCUUACUUGUUUUGAUAUACAACAUAUAAAUCCACUUUUCAUGUACUUUUGUGUGAACCAUGUUUAUGAAACAAGAAAUUGAACCCUUUUACAGCAUUCUGUUGCAUAUUAAUAUUUGAUAAUAAAGAAAAAUUUUACUGACAAAAAAUAGAAAUUUUUUUUUUAUUUAAACUUUUUAUAUGAAGGUCUUCAAAAAAACACAACAACAAUAGUUUAUGAAAUACAGAUGAAAAAUUAAAUAAAUUAUCGAAAAAAAAGGUUGCAGUAAAAAUUUCUGUAAGUAUAUUUCAGAUUAAGCAACCAACAAAAUUAAUGACCAAAAUAAGACUUUCCCUUUUUUUUUUCUUUCUAUAUUGCUUAAACAAAAAGUGUUUAGUACUCCUUAUGAUAUAUCGUGAAACAACCAAUAUUACUACUAAUCGAUUGUUGAUAAAAUUUUUUUUUUAUAUUUGUUUAUUUAGAAAUAUUACAUUCUGUCACAUCAAGGACAUUUAUAAUAGUGUUCAGAGAAAGCAUACUCACACUCUAUUUACAAUAAAAAAAAAUAAUAAUACAGAAACUUAAUAAUAAUAAAUACAGUAAAAUAAAAUAAAAAUAAAUACAAUAAAAUAAAAUAAAUGUAUAUAAACAAAAGAACUAACCUAAUCAUACACACUCGGGCUUGAGUGGAGGAUCUGGCCAUUGCUAAAACUCCAAUAGAUGCUUAUUUACAAAAGGUCUCUGGGCCACUGCCGCUUCAACCUUCGAGGAGGAUUGUAAGGAUGGGUGGUGCUGGAUAGAGAUUGUGCAAGGGGAUUUGGAUGAUAAGUAAGGUUCUGGUGAAAUUUGGAGAAUUUUUCUGGAAUAAGGUCUAGGACAAAUGGGAUAUUAAGGUCAUGGUGUAGGAUUUUGUUAUUUACAUAGAACGGAGCAUCAACUAUUGUUCGAAGGACUUUAGAUUGAAAGGAUUGAAUACGUUUGAUGUUAGAAGCUUUUGCUGUCCCCCACAGUUUGAUAAAAAUUAAAUAAGUAAAUAAAAUAAAAUCAUAUGGGUUGUCCUGCUCCUACGAGUCCAAUAGAAAUACUAGAAAUCUACCCUGAUAAUGACCCACAAGCUUGGAUUGAAAUGUUGGCAUGAUAAAUCAUGAAAAAAUCAUCAGAAGAUUUACGAGGUAAGGAGUCCUAUUGUAAGAUACCACAUCUUCUGGUAAGACAGUAAUCAGAGAGGUGUUCAGGAAGUGAGGUAUAAUUUAGUGUAGAGAAGGUCCAAAAUUAGGACACCUAUUCCAGACUCUGCACAUGGUAGAGUCCGUCAAAGAUCAGAUUGAGUUUGAGGGAGAGAGAUAAGCGCAGUGGCAAAGCAUUCUCACUCUUUUUUUUCUCUACAAAUUCGAACCUACUUUUUUUUUUUUUUUUUACAAAUAGAAAUUUCUUUUACCAUUUUUUUAUAAAUUUUCGUUUACCCUGUCAAGUAAACUGACAAAAAUGUAAUUAUGUCUGUAUUUAAAAUCAUGAAAACAGAGGCUGAGGGUUGUCAAAUCCAGUUUCCUCUGUUUCCAAGGCUACUGGUUUAUCUGAACAUAACUUUGAGAAACGUUGUAAAAGAGCUAAAUUACUUCAAAAUUUAGAUUUCAAAUAGCUAUAUAUUGAACAUAGCGAAUAAGCUUUCAAAAUUUCUAUGAGGUGCUGAAAGCAAACUUACAAUAUGCUGACACCAAACACAUCAAAGGAUAAUGUCAAAAAGGUGGAUCUCAGGUACCUGCAAGGACCGAGGGGCCUGAGGAAAGCCGUUCCUUAUAGUAACUGGUAACUAGUAACGGGUUGAGUAACUGGUUCCGUUUAGGGUGUGGCCAGUGAAAAUAAUUGUACACCUGAAGUUCUGAACCAAUCAAAACCAUCCCUACCGUGAAUAUUUGUAUAGAAUCUCCCAAGUAGUAAGAAAAUGAGGCCUUAUGUAUUUUUCCGGUCUUGGAGACUGAAGUGGCACAGCUACCUACAGAUGGACGUCUUGGCUGAGUUCGGACCUGGACUUUGAUUGGACAAGAGGAGAUUCAAUCAGCAGAUGCAGUGAAGAAACCUAAUAACUACACCAUCUUCAUAAAACAUACCUAAGUUUUAUUCCAAAUAAUAGAUUUACUAAUGUUAGAAUAUUUUAUGGCAAUACAACUCUCAAAACAGUCCAUCUGAAAUCAUACCUUCACAGUCAUCGAUUAAAUUCAUUGAAUCAUGUAUUUAGUUUCUUGUAAAUAUAAUUUGUAUAUAUACUUUAUUAAACAUAAGAAUAAAAUAAGUUUUUUAGUAAAAGUUAUUUUAAUUCUGCCAUCCAUUUAUAUCAUGGUGAUCACAGGUAAUGUUGGUA